AUGGCGACGAAUCAUCGCCGUCAACACAGACCGUUUAGCGCCCUUUCUGUGGUGCCGCUUGCGAACCAAAUUUUACUUUUAUUUUUCGCGAGCACAGACACUCAACCACCGUCUGCUCACACGAGGACAACGCUCGCUCGCGACAAAUUUUCGUCCCAACAUCAUCCAAGCCAAGCAUAUCUCACUCACAAAAGUCUCGCCACCAUGGCACCUAAGUCGAUCGAGGAGGCGAAGAACCGAGCGGAGCAGGGGAUUCAGAAAUCCUGGGACGCAAUGGGCUCUCUGAUGGGUCUUGUCGACGACCUUGAUUCCUUCAACCAGGAACUCAAGCAAAUUUUCGAGAGCUACAAAAACAUACCCAUCCCACCUGGGUUCCGCCAAGGGGGCCAUCUUCCAAAACAGGAACCUACGCCGCCGGCGGACAGUCGCGAACAGGGAAGUUCGAGCCAACUGUUUUGA